UUGGCUUUUGCUGAUCCGUUCUCCCAUCAUCCGAUCCGCGAGUCUCAUUCGGUGUCUAAUCGUUGUGUAGUGAAACAACAGAGCACCUGGUCCCGAUCGACUGACUUCUCGAAGCCUCGUACUUCCAGUCCUUCCUCUCUCGUGUCACCUGCGCGGUAUUAGAAAGUGAAGGUACCUUUCGUCUCCUCAGGUAUUGUAGAUCAUCUACGCAAUCAUGCAGCUGCUUGCCGGACUUGUCAAGACCACCCUGCCCAACUACUUGGCCGGAUUGCCGAUCCCGGACAGCUUCGGAGGAUGGUUCCGGCUGGGAUUCACGGACUGGCUGUCGCUGAUCCCGCCGACGGCCGCCGUCGGUGGCCUAGUGUACGUGUCCUAUCUGGCGUUCUGCCCGGAAGCCCGGCCCAAGCCCAGCACCAAGGUGAAUCGUUCCAUCCGGAUGGCCGAGGCCAAGGUGGUGGACAUGAUCGACAUCGAGGACAUCGCCGAGAAGGCCGCCUUCUGCCGUUGCUGGAAGUCGAAGAACUGGCCGUACUGUGACGGAUCGCACGGUGCCCACAACAAGGAGUGCCAGGAUAACCUCGGACCGGUGGUCGUUUCGCGCAAGAAGAACUAAGGCAACUUCCGAGGAUCUACAACGGACAGGUACUCGAAAGUUCCGAUUGAUUCCAAUUGUAUAAUUGAAUAGUGCUUUUUAAACGCAUCUAAAACUCAAUACAAAAAUAGCAAAUUAUGUGCAUUAAAGAACCCGAUAGCGCUAGGAUAUUUGCAUAGAAUCUAAUAGGAGAACCAAUUCUUAAAAAAGAAAGAGAGAGAAGUAAGACGGCAUUCAUCACAUCAUUCUGUUUAUCGAAUUCUUCAUUUUUAAACUGUUAUACACAGUAAACUGGAAAUUACCUACUUCAAUGCAAAAAUACGGUGAUGGCACACGUCACCCAAUUAAUUCAACAUUCACUUACUUUUCGAGAGUUUUAUUCAUGUUUUUGUCUCGUCCUAACACCAAGCAAUUUGCAUGAGACGUUACGACUCAACCAGUAUAAGCAUUCAGCAUGUUUCCUUACAAUUAGUACGUACUGACUUUUUCUAUCGACGUACGGCUAGAGCCGGAAUCGAUAGAGAAUGGAUUUAAAACCUGUUACAGGGCAGAUGGUGCUACAAGAACCUCUUUUAAAACUGCCGAAUGUUCUAAACAUUGUAGGUACCACGUGUGUGUGUUUUUCUAAUUUCCGAAUUGAUAUCGUGGAUAAUAAAUUUGAACCAGUUGAGUUAUGAA